AUGCCCCGAGGUCAGAAGAGUAAGCUCCGUGCUCGUGAGAAACGCCGCCAGGCCCGUCAGGCCCAUGAUGAGACCCAGACCCAGGAUCUGGAGGGUGCUCAGGCUAUUGCAGCAGAGGAAGAAGAUUACUACUCCUCUUUCCAGGCUGUCCUUGAAGGCAGUCCUCAGAAUGUGCCUGCUGUUGAGACACCUAGCACUCCUAAGGAGCUGCAGGAAACCCCAUCGAGCACCGAUGAUACUACUGCAGCUGUUUCAUGCACCAAUUCAUGUGAAGGUGCCAGCAAACAAGAUGAAGAAAGCCCAGAAUCCUCCAAAGCUUUUGAGGGCUUUCGCAGAGAUCCGUUAAACAAGAAGGCGGUUUUGUUGGUACAGUUCCUGCUAAAGAAGUAUCAAACUAAAGAGCCAAUUACAAAGGAAGAUAUGCUGAAGUUUGUUAUAAAAAAAUACAAGCUUCAUUUCAAUGAGAUCAUCAGGAGAGCCUCUGAGCACUUGGAGCUGGCCUUUGGUAUUGAUUUGAAGGAAGUGGAUCCCAUCAGGCACCACUAUGCCCUUGUCAGCAAGCUACAGUUCACCUGCAAUGAAACAAUUAGUGAAGAGAACAUGCCCAAGACUGGCCUCCUGAUGAUUGUUCUGGGUGUGAUCUUCAUGAAUGGCAAUCGUGCCUCUGAGGAAGCUGUCUGGGAAGUGCUGAAUUUGAUGGGUGUCCAUGCUGAUAAGAUUCACUUACUCUAUGGGGAGCCCAAGAAGGUCAUCACUAAAGAUUUGGUGCAGCUAAAUUACCUGGAGUACCGCCAGAUACCCAACAGUGAUCCUCCACGCUAUGAGUUCCUGUGGGGCCCAAGAGCCCAUGCUGAGACCACCAAGAUGAGAGUCUUGGAGUUCUUAGCCAAGAUCUAUGAUACCGUCCCCACUGCCUUCCCACUCUGGUAUGAAGAAGCUUUGCGGGAUCAGGAAGAGAGAGUCCUAGCCAGAGCUGCAGCCAGGGCUCGUGUCGCUGCCAUUGUACCCUCUAGGACCUUGGCCAGCUGCUUCUUCCACACUAAGUGA